AUGGGAAGUCUCAGUGGUAGAAGCAUGGAAUCAACAUAUGUGUUCAGGAAACCUAAUGGAAAGAAUGUACCACCAAUAGAAGUACUGUUGGUGGGUGGUAACUUGAAUGGACAUGUGGGUGAAGGCAAUACAGGAUCAAGUGAGUGCAUGGGUAGGCAUGGAGUAGGUAUACGUAAUGACAACGGCGACCGUAUUGUAGACUGGGCAACAGCAGAAGGUAUGGCAUUAGUCAACACAUACUUCAUAGAAUUAGAACAACAGAAGAUUACCUACAAAAAUGGCAAUAAUAAUACACAAAUAGAUUACAUCGCAUGCAGGAGGCAACAACUAAAGGAUGUAUUCGAUUGCAAAGUUCUACCACAUGAGAGUGUGACGAAACAGCAUAGGCCCCUAGUUUGCAAGAUCAAAAUUAAAACUAUCAAAUCCAUACAGCAGAAAGAAAUACAGAAAACGAAAUGGUGGAGCCUCAAGGAAAGUGAGUGA